UGAUGUGCUUUGUUUGUUUACGACUUCCUUAUCUUCGACUCUUUGAGAUGAAAUCGCGAUAAAUGGGUGAAGCGAAAUCGGAGUCAGCACCAAAAAUAAAUAAUUUUAGGUUCCCGCAAGGACAACUCAAAAGACACAGUCCACCAAUUCCAUGGCUUUAUGUAUGCGAUGAACUUGCGAGUGGAUUACUAUUGAUUAUUUCGGAUCCGAAUCCAUUUUGCCUUCAAUAUUGUUUGUCGUGAGAUCUUAUAUCAACCUCAAUUCCAGACUCCUCAAGACAAUAUCGUUACUCAAGGCCCCAAACGAUGUCUGCCUCUCUCCCAGGAAAUCGAGAAUUACCUGCUUCUCAGUAUGAUCUCAGCACAUACUGGGGACGGGUAAUGCAUUCUGCGGCUAUUUCAGACCCUAGGUGAGGAGGAAUUUAUUGUGUGUUUUCACCAAAAGGUGCUCACACUUUCUUUCGCAAACACUCUCUCGAGCCAUCGUGAAGUAUGCAAUAUUUUGUACUGACCAUGAAAUAGAACAUUGUUAGUUAAUAGUGCCGGAUUGGAGCAUGCGAAGAGCCUUAUCUCGAGUUACAAACAGGGGAAGAUCCAAGAGAUGACUCCGGAAUUAUGGAAUGCGAAAAAGAUAGUCGAUUCAACAUUACAUCCGGGUAUGUGAGAAUCUGCGAAAAUACCGGAUAGAAAGCUCAUAUUAUUAGAUACGGGUACCCCAGUUUUCCUUCCAUUUCGAAUGUCAUGUUUCGUUUUAUCAAACUUGGUAGUCACAGCAGGAAUGCUUACACCAGGAUUGGGAGUAAGCCUUCUCAAGAAAUUCAAACAAUAAUUUUUCCUUGUUGACAUUUGGCAGACGACAGGAACACUGUUAUGGCAAAUCACGAAUCAAUCCCUCAAUGUGGCCAUCAACAAUGCCAAUGCCAAUAAAUCUACCCCUCUUUCUACCUCAAAAAUUGCACAAUCAUACUUUCUCGCAGUUGGAGCUUCAUGCUCUGUUGCACUUGGUCUCAAUGCUCUCGUUCCAAGAUUAAAGAAAGUAAGCCCAGGAACAAAGAUGAUUCUCGGAAGACUAGUACCAUUCGCCGCUGUUGCAAGCGCUGGAGCAUUGAAUGUUUUCUUGAUGCGAGGGGAAGAGAUCAGAAAGGGCAUUGAUGUCUAUCCAGUUCUAUCAGAAUCGGAUAAGGCUAAACUUGCAGCAGAGGGCAUAUCUGAAUCCGAGGUUGCUUCAUUAGGCAAGAGCAAGAAAGCAGCCACUAUUGCAGUCUCGGAAACGGCUAUAAGUCGAGUAUUGAACAGCUCUCCAAUUAUGGUAAUUCCAGCUUUAAUUUUGGUGAGGUUACAAAAGAAGCAGUUUCUCAUGAGAAACCCCAGACUUACAUUACCGCUCAACUUGGGUCUCAUUCUUGGCACUAGUCUAUUCGCUUUACCUUUAGCUCUAGCAGCCUUCCCUCAACGCCAAAGCGUAGAUGCAUCAAAGUUAGAGGAGGAGUUCUGGGGCAAAGGUGGAGAAGGUGGAAAGGUGGUUUUCAACAGAGGAAUAUGAAGGAUUCUAUAAAUUAUACCCGGGACAUACAUAAAAUAGAGGACUCGACGUUCAUAUUUCCGAAGACAUGAUUCAGCUUUAUCAACCACUAUCUCCCAAAUGUCCAGCAUGCGGCUCGAGUUCUAUUUCGGCACAACCAAGAGAUCUACUUGCGGAAUAUUGAUUAAAGCAUAGACCAUGGCGUUCAUGGCUAGUUUUACAAAGGAAUAGUAAUGCGAGCCGUGGCUGUUUCAUUUUUCGCUUCCCACCCCCUUCAUGACGUGACCGUUGCCACGUGAUCACAAACCUAAAAUGCACGGGGACCACCCCCUUGUUGGGCGAUCACAUUCGUGCGAGAUGAGCACGGAUUCUAUAAAUGUAUCGCAGUGGUUCCUACCUCGAACUCUCUAGACUCUCGUACGAAACGCAUAUGAAUACAGUAGCAUUCUCUCCUUGCGGAUAGUAGGUAUAUAUCUAUCACGAAAAAAUUAAUCUACACCAAAGUUGCAAUGAUUAUCCCUCCAUACCUCGUCUAGGAAUCGCCACUUGAGAUAAAGACUAUUGAGGGGUUAUUUAUCAAUCGGGUGAAUGAAGAACAAUGAGGAUGAAAUUUUAGUGGCAACUUGCAGAAUGGAAGUAAGAAGGACAUGAAAACCAUAUCUAGAUACUCGAGUAACCUAGUAGUUAUUAGAAAAAUAUCAAAGAGUAAGAAACAC